AUGCCAGCACAUCCUCGGCUGUCCAAGACGGACCAACUCCACACUUGGUGGCAUGAGACUGGAGUUGUGAACACCACCUCCCGUGUGAGGGAAGACCAAGUGCGCAUGUCGCGCAGAUACCGUGUCCAAGUGCGCCCUUUCCAGCAGGACAAGGCCGAGUUCUUUGACUCUUUCGUCUACGAAGCGAUCCCACGGAGCGGAAAUGGCAAGAUUGCUACACCCCUGGACCAUCCAGACCCCAAACCCUUCAUACACAAGGAUGGCGAUGGCAUUACCGCAUUUGAGGAAGAAGCCUUCAUCAACAUGGCCUGGUCUCAGUUCUUGUACAAAUGUAAAGUCCAAGUCCGAAUCAGCUCUAGCGACGCAUGCAUCAGACUUGGCACCGAUGUGACCAUUCGACCUGGCAUACACAAUCUCCAGACAGAGACGGAGAAGGAUACUGGCGCACUCCUGAUUACAAUUCCCUGGCAGGAAGGGGGCUUUCGCUUCUCUGUUGAGUUCAAGGACGACCUCAUCCAAUAUCGCUCCAACGGUAAAACAUAUGUCUAUGAGGAGAAAGACAAAGAUCAUUCCUUGGUCGGGGAGGAGCCCAAAAACGCGCUCCUUAUUUUCGCGAGUCCGUUUCUUCCGGAAGCAAUGACGCCGCGCAUGACGGAGGCAAAUACUACUAGAAUGACGCCGGGUCCUAUCCGGCCAGGCGAUUGGGGCUCCAGGGAGAUUCUGCACUUCCCUCCGGGUGUGUAUUGGCUGGACUCGGCUCAAGAAGGUGAAAGCCCACGACUAGGUCAGAUGCACAUCAGACUCGCGCCCGAAACAAACUGGGUCCAUCUCGACGCUGGCGCCUACGUCAAGGGCGCCAUCGAGUACUUUACUCAGGCCGAUGACUUCUAUGCCACUGGGCAUGGUGUCUUGUCCGGUGAGCAUUACGUGUAUCAGGCGAAUCCCUUCAAAAGUUACCACUCCCAUAAAGACGAUGAGUAUAGUCUCCGCAUGUGGUGGCACCUUCACCUAGUCGAUAACCAGACCUGGCACUGUGCAGGCCCAACCAUUACUGCUCCGCCCUUCAACACGAUGGACUUCAAGCCAGAGAACAGGUGUGGCUCAGAAAUCCGCGACUACAAGCAGGUAGGCGCCUACUUUUUCCAGACCGACGGUCCUCAGCUCUACAGCAGAAGCAAAGUCGAAGAUGUAUUUUAUCAUGCAAACGACGAUGCGAUCAAGACAUAUCACAGCAAUGCCACCGUCUCCCGGGCAACCAUCUGGAAAGGACCGAAUGACCCCGUCAUCCAGAUGGGAUGGGAUGGGAGGAAUGUCCAGAAUGUCAAGAUUGAAGAUCUCUGGAUUAUCCACACCCGAUACAUCAAGCAGGAUAAGGCGGUGCCGGCGGCCAUUGUUGGCGCAUCGGAAUUUUACAGCGAUCAAAAGACCUUGCCUGAGCUCGACAAGAAUAUUCACUUGACGGUGAAAAAUGUGCGUUGCGAGGGCCCCGCACCGGCACUCCUCGGCAUCACGCCUUUGCAAAAUUACGACCUCCUCGCCAUCGAAAACGUCACCUUUACGGAUCCGUUGCAGGAUUGCGCGGGUACCAGUUUUGUCAAGCCUGUGGUAUCGUCUCACAGGGAUAUCAAGAUGAACAUUCAAAUCAAGGACUGGACCAUUCAGGGCAAGCCCGUCACCAUGGAAAAUUUUCGAGUCGCCUCGGACAAGGAGUCUGGAGACGAGAAACAGAUUGGGCGGUUGGAUAUUGAUGUUCAGCACUGGAAGAAGUGGAAUAUCGGGAAGAGUGGGUAA